CACAAUUGCAAUGAAAAAAAAAUUCACUCUGAGGUUAGGAGAAACAUGUUUCUCUCUUUACUGCUUGGAACUUCUUUACCACACAUUCAGGCGACGCCACCCAUCCUAAAGAUAUUAUAUUUACUUUUAUGUACGGUCUUUUUUGAUGCUGUGGGUGCUGCGUAUCGUACAUUCAAGGAUCUUAUCUGCAUGCGCUCGAUUGAUCUACCAAAUAUGUGGUCUCUGACGCGUUGCGAUAAAUGGGAUGACUAAAAAGCAAAGUUACUUUAUUUUUCCUGUCCUUCUUCCCCGAACUUUCUUUUCCGCCGUUCUGUCACGCCCUUUCCUUUGAUUUAUCUCAUAUCUAUUAUAAGGUUAUCAAGGGUAUACUUUGACAAUUGAGCAUUCACAUACAGUACACAACGUCAAAUUACCGAAUCGCAAACAAAUAAUGUCUAAGGAGGAAAAAGGCAUCAUUAAUGAAGAACACGUUGAAGGUGGAUCAACUAGCGAAAGCAGGAAUCCUAAUGAUACAUAUCAACAAGGACCUUCAUCGUCGUUAGCGACGGAUGAGACUUGUAGCAAUAAUCGCCAAUGUGACGACGAGGUGGAUGCUUUAGAGCCACACCCAGUUGUUGAUGGUGGCAUUGCAUGGCUCGUGGCUAUUGGGACAACAUCUGCAUUUUUCUUUGCGGGCCUUCCACUCUCUUGGGGUGUCAUUCAAGAUACUUAUUUGAAGAAUCAAGUAUUUUCGGAACCGAACCUAACAAUCUUGCUGACAUUAGUUGGAAGCUUGAAUCAAGGAUGCAUGUAUAUUUUUAUUCCUGCAACCAACAUGCUCUAUGUGUCCUGGGGACCUAGAAAGCUGACGAUUAUUGGAUCCAUUUUAAUCUUUCUUGGCCUCAUGCUAACUGCGGAAGCAAAUGCGAUAUGGCAAAUGCUACUAUCUCUAGGCGUAUGCACUGGCUUAGGUGUAUCGAUUAUGUAUGGCGUCGCACUUCGAUGUCUUCCGCAGUGGUUUGUCAAAAAACGAGCAACGGCGUUCGGUAUCCAAGCAAGUUGUAAUCCAUUUGCAGGAUUGAUACUUCCAUUUAUAAUUAUACCCGUGAACAAUACCCUCGGUCAUAAAUGCACAGUUGCAGAUCGCAUCGGUCCCCUGAACAUGUACCUGGUGAGCAUGUCAGUCUCUGUGAUAGCCGUCUUUGCUAUCUGGAUGUUUGCGUAUAGCUUUGCAACACUUCUUGGAUUCAUUAUUGUUUAUGGUUUAUUUUGCGGACAGUGGCCAGUCGUGAAUCCAUCUGUAACUGUAAGCAUAGUAGGAAUGGACAGAUACCCUUCAGCUACCAAUUUUAUCAUGCUUUUGAUGGCAUUUGACAUUGUGCUGCCAGUGAUUGCUAGUAUUGUUGGAACGAGUGUUAGGAUUGGCGGUAACGAUGCGUUUAUAAUUUACAAGAUUAUUGGAGGUGGAAUCAAUGGUAUUUGCGCUCUGAUUGCCAUAGCUCUCAAGUUUCGAAUGGGUAGAAGUUGGAUGGCGAAAGUGUAAUACUAUAUGUAAUUAUUGAUACGUAAAUAUCUACUAAAAUGCCACUACAGCAACACAAAUGAG